AUGGUUCAGCAAUACAGACUGAUGAGCCGUGGCGGCGAGCCAGAUCGACGAUGCGUCCUCCCAGCCAAGAGAACGGAUAGGCGCCGCUUCCCACCAGCAUUCUGGGGUAGCCUGUCCGAUGUCUGGCUUACACCAUACAGCCUGAGAGAGCAUAACCUCCGAAACAAGAAGCAUCCUCCAUCCAAGCCUAAGAUCCAAGGCGUCGUCUUUCAGAAUGUUGCUCAGUUUGCCAGACACGGCGGCCCAGACCUUGGGGACAUUCGUGGUUAUCCCCGCCGGCCAGAAAACACUCGUGCAACGGGGCCAGUCGGCCAACCGAAUCUAUCCAGUCGGGCUGCGGUAGGAAUGACUGAAAGUUUCGAGAGCGGCCCGCCUUGUCCUUACGAUGUCAAUUACGAGCAACUUCUGAUCGACAAUCAUAUCUGGGUGGGAUACAUAAAGUCGAGGCCAAACAACUUGGCAGAACUAGAGCACCUUAUGCCGGAUAGGGCGAUGUCUGAGAUCCCGUGGGACCGUUUCUUAGGCCCAGGCUUUUAUCUCGAGGACUUCGACUUCGCCCACGAUAAGUUGAGAUCGGAGGGAGAUGUGAUGAGAACAAUCAUCCCUACGAUCGCCGGCCAUUAUCCACGUCCUUAUCCUAACGGCCGCAACGUUAUUUUCAACAACAUGGAUACGAUGACCAACGGGACAAAGGCCCACCCGAAGCCCAUCUUUUACGAGGGGGCCCGCCCCAGGGAUCUUCAUCCAUCUGUCGCAAGCGACCUCGAUAGCCUGAUCGUACCCUCCAAAGCCGGGCGGCCCCUGGUGGUUCCCAACCUCUUCCUCGAGGCAAAGCCGCUCUGGCGCGGCACCGCCGUUGCCAUACGAAAAGCCCACCUCGAUGGCGCAUACGGCGCUCGCGCGAUGCAUGCGCUGCAGAACUACGGGAGGGAGGAGCCGGUGUACGACGGCGACGCAUAUACCUUUACUUUUAUAUACAACCCCGUCAAUGCCGGGCUCAAGAUAUACGCCCACCAUGUCACGGCGCCGGAGACCCCGGGCGGGCCACCCGACUACCAUAUGACGUUUGUCAAGUGUUACUGGAUGACCCAUGAUUUAGAAACGUAUAUCCAAGGGGUACUUGCAUUCAGAGACAUCAGAGAUCUGGCAAAAGCUCAUCGUGAUCACUUCAUCGAAGAGGCAAACUCCAGAGCGUCGGGUGCAACUGCAACCGGGCCAGAUUAA